UGUAAAAAUGGGCUUUGUCUAACGGGAAUUUCGUAUUUGGGCUUCCAUUAACAUGCAGCUGAAAAAUUAGACAGUCUAUAAUUUGGGCCUAUGCACAGAGAGAGAGAGAGAGAGAGAGAGAGAGAGAGAGAGAGAGAAUGGGUCUGAAAAUCGGAGAAAAAGUGGAGAAGGUGAACGGAAAAGAACUGAGUUACGGCGAUUUUGUGGAAAAGUAUCUGGCUCGAAACCAGCCCGUAAUCCUUACCGGGCUCACGGAGGAUUGGCGGGCCUGUAAAGACUGGGUUUCCGAUGACGGAAAACCCAAUCUCCGCUUCUUCUCCACGCACUUCGGCGGCUCUAGAGUUCAGGUUGCGGAUUGUGGUACGAGGGAAUUUACGGAUCAAAAGAGGAUAGAGAUGUCGGUUUCCGAAUUCAUCGACCGUUGGCUAAAGCUCUGGAGUUCUGAUAAUGGUGGGGCUGAUGGAACUUCGUUGUUGUAUUUGAAGGAUUGGCAUUUUGUUAAGGUCCAUGUCCUUGCUCUAUGGGAGUAUCCGGAAUAUGUUGCCUACAGGACACCAAUUUUUUUCCUUGACGAUUGGCUGAAUCUCUACCUUGAUAAGUACCAUAUGCAUGAUAAUCCUGACAGUUACCAGGAGAGAGAUGAAGUUAGUUGCUCAGACUAUCGUUUUGUAUACAUGGGAGCAAAAGGUACAUGGACACCUCUUCAUGCUGAUGUUUUCAGGUCAUAUAGUUGGUCAGCCAAUAUAUGUGGCAGGAAACACUGGUAUUUCCUGUCCCCAGAUCAACAUCACCUUGUGCAUGACAGAUACAUGAAGUCGUCUGUCUAUGACAUCUUUGAAGAUGUUAGCAAAAUGAAGUACCCUGGAUUUGAGAAGGCGAUCUGGUGGGAAUGUACUCAAGAGCAGAAUGAGAUCAUCUUUGUCCCCAGUGGGUGGUACCAUCAAGUUCAUAAUCUGGAGGAUACAAUAUCAAUCAAUCACAACUGGUUCAAUGCCUACAACAUUUCCUGGGUGUGGGAUUUGCUUUUGCGAGAAUAUCAUGAGGCUAAGGGAUAUAUUGAAGACAUAAAGGACAUAUGCGACGAUUUUGAGUGCCUUUGCCAGAGGAAUCUUGCGGCUAAUGCAGGCAUGGAUUUCAGGGAUUUUUUCAUCUUCAUGAUUCGUUUUGCCAUAGCCAAUCUGGUCCUACUUUACCAACUAGCAAGUGAUAUCAAAAAUAUCAACUGGAGUUCAUCUGAAAUAGCUCGGCAUUUACGUUUCAACCUUAAAAGCAUCCAAUGCAUCACUUUGAAGAUGAAAUCUGUAGCUGUGUGGGAAAAUCAUGGUAUUAAUCUCAUGGAAACUAUUGUGGAUCGCUCAUUUGUGGAGUUCUGCAAUGCAUUGGAAAGAACUUGUAACAUGAUGUACAACCAUUGUGAAAAAAGUUUCAAUGCAAGUCAAAAUUUGGUGCAACAGGAGCAUCUUGUCGACCUUUUUGGUUCUCGUAUUUGUAAUCCUGACGAGCUAGUUACUUUUCUUGAUGGUGCUCUCGAGCUAGUUGGAAAUAUAAGUUGAUGAAUAUUUGCUUGUACUUCUUGUGACGAUUUCUGAGGCUGUUGCUUUCUAAGCAGAGUUCUAUUUCUUAAA